AUGGCGAACAUCCUCGAAAUACCGUUUGAAGCAGGCGCGUGCUUGCGGGCUGACCGCACGUCAGACCGCCUGCCCAUAGAGCUUUAUCCCCAAGCCAUAGCCGCUCUCGAGGAUGCGAGGACGAAGCUUGACAGCAAUGAUCAGAGGCAGCUUGACAGCAUCGGAUUGUCCGAGAAAACCAUCCCAAGCGCCGCCGAACGCGAGAGGCUCAGGUUGCAGAACCUGGACGCGUUGAGUCCUAGGUCGUUCGGUUGUGCGAGGCGGCGAAUCUCAUGUCCCCGUCUGUGCUACAGGGUACACUGGAAGAUCACGCAAUUCAAAAAGUACUCCAAGCCGUCGCGUAUCGGCGAAUGCGUCACCAAUUGCGAGUUCGUGGUCAAUUACAUGCGGGACCAUGGCGAACGAGGAUCGCGAGAUAUGAUACCGCAGUACACACUCGCAGUUGCUCUUGCGAGGGCCGCCAUGAAAGCCUCCGGCGGAGAAGGCAAGCUGACCCCAGAGGAAUAUGGUCAAAAUAGCGCUUUGUGGGCGAGGGCGGAGUGGACGCGGUUCCUGCGCAGGACAGGCGACAUCAAGGUGGCGGAAAAGGUCGAAGAGGACCUUCGCAACUGGUAUGCGACCCAUCCGUACGGUAUACCACCAUCCGUGUUCAAGGGGCUCAUGCUCGACGAAGGCGAAGAGACGAACGUCAUAAUGGAGGGCAUCCCCAACUUUGGCGCAGGCGUUAUCGAGUUCGGCGGCCUCGACGGGCCUUUCAACCACAUGAUGAUGAGGUCCGAAACUGCAUGA